AUGUCAGUGAAGGAAAUUGAAUUCAAAGACAUCAAGGCAUCUGUAGAAUACAGUGGGCAUCAUGUUGGCAAAAGGGACCAGGAGAAAUUGCAGAUUAACAAAAUGGACUCUAGGAAUUUGGGAAUAGGAAUAAUCUUGUUUAUACAGAAUACAGUUGGAAUUCUGGGUAACUUCUCUAUUCUUUCCUUCUACCUAUUUAUUUAUUACAAGAAACACAAGAUAAAGCCCUUGGAUUUAAUUUUCAUGCAUCUGGUCAUGAUUAACUUCUUGAUCAUUCUCUCUAAAGGAAUGGCCAACAUAAUGACAACUUUUGGGUUGAAAUAUUUCUUCAAUGAUUGGGGCUACCAACUUUUUAUGUAUAUGCUAAGGGUUUUCAGGAGCAUGUCCAUUGCAACAACCUGUCUCUUGAGUGUCUACUCUGUCAUCAUCAUCAGCCCUAGAAACUCCUGUUGGAAGAAUCUUAAAGCCAACUCUCCCAAGGACAUUGGUCUUUACAUUUCUCUCUGCUGGUUCUUGUACAUCAUGUUAAAUGUUCUUUUCCCUUUGUACAUGUCCAUAAAAUCAAGAAGGAAAAACAUAACAAAAGAGACAGAUUUUGAACUGUAUACCAUUGUAGGCCAUGACAAAAUCACAGUGUCCUUAUAUAUAGCAUUUUUUGUGUAUCCAGAAUUUCUAUUUUCUGUACUCAUGAUCUGGUCCAGCAGCUCAAUGAUUGCCAUUUUAUAUAGGCAUAAACAGAGAGUUCAAUACAUUCGCAGCAAUUGUGCUUUCCAUAGUAACUCCCCAGAAUCCAGAGCCACCCAGAACAUCCUUGUCCUAGUGUUCACCUUUCUGUCUUUUUACUCACUCUCUACCAUUGCACAUGGUUGGAAUGCUUUAUUAUCUGGUGACAGUUGGUGGCUAAUGAAGAUCACAAACAUUAUAACUUUGUGCUUUCCCACUUUCAGCCCAUUUUUACUCAUGAGUAGAUCCUCCAUUCUCUCCAGAUUCUGCUUUUUUUGA